AUGUCCGCUGAAGCCACCUCACCAAUCGUCGACUCUGGCAUUGACAACUUGGCCGACAAGAUGGGCUCUCUUAACGCCGAGGACCGCCCACGGACCGAAGAGGAAUACGCGCAGGCUCAGCUCACUCUCCGUGCCAUUGUCACCUCCAAGGAAGCUGGCGUCAUCAUUGGCAAGGCUGGCCAGAAUGUCGCGGAUCUGCGCGACAAGACUGGUGUUCGCGCCGGCGUCAGCAAGGUCGUACCUGGCGUGCACGAUCGCGUGCUCACCGYCACGGGCGCGUUGAACGGCAUUGCCGACGCGUACGGACUCGUGGCCGACAGCCUGGUCAAAGGUGCACCACAGAUGGGCAUGGGCGGAGUCGUUGGCAAUCCCAACACUCACCCGAUCCGCCUGUUGAUUUCUCACAACCAGAUGGGCACCAUCAUUGGCCGCCAAGGACUCAAGAUCAAGCAGAUCCAGGACGCCUCUGGAGUGCGCAUGGUURCACAGAAAGAGAUGCUUCCGCAAUCCACCGAGCGCAUUGUUGAGGUCCAGGGUACCCCCGAGGGCAUUCAAAAGGCUGCCUGGGAGAUUGGCAAGUGCCUCAUCGAUGAUGAGCAGCGCGGAUACGGGACCGUCCUGUACAGCCCUGUGGUCCGCGUUCAGACCGGGGCUCCUCCUCCCAUCAACGGCGCUGGUGCUCCUGCCGGCUUCGGUGGUGUUCCACAGCAGAGAAGCUUUAACCGCACCGGCAACGGAGCUGAUUUCACUGGCGCAGCACCCGCCCCAUCCUACCAACCUCGUCGCAACGGAGCUCCCGACAGUGGACCUCCUCCUGCCGUCGAGGAAGGCGAAGACAUACAGACACAGAACAUUAGCAUUCCUGCUGACAUGGUCGGCUGUAUCAUCGGACGUGGUGGCAGCAAGAUCAGCGAGAUCCGCAAGAGCUCCGGCGCGCGCAUCUCCAUCGCCAAGGCUCCCCACGACGAGACUGGCGAGCGCAUGUUCACCAUCACGGGUGGCCCCAGCGCCAACGAAAAGGCGCUCUACUUGCUCUACGAGAAUCUCGAAGCAGAGAAGAUGCGUCGCAGCCAGAUCCCGGAGACGACCCAGGCAUAG